AUGGCUUCCAUGGCUGCUAUAGGUUCUCUGAAUGUGCCAUGCUCUGCUUCUUCGUGCUCAUCCAAUGUGGGAAGGAAAAGCGUCCCACGCAGCCUCUCAUUCUCUGCAUCACAACUCUCUGGUGACAAGAUUUCCACAGAUUCACUUUCAUUGCCACCAAAAAGAGUGCGCAAUCCUGUGAUCGUUUCUCCCAAGGCAGUUUCUGAUUCCCAAAACUCACAGACGUGCCUCGAUCCCGAUGCUAGCAGAAGUGUGCUUGGCAUUAUACUUGGAGGUGGUGCUGGGACUCGUCUUUAUCCACUGACCAAGAAGAGGGCAAAGCCUGCAGUUCCUCUUGGAGCUAACUACAGGCUAAUUGAUAUUCCUGUUAGUAAUUGCCUGAAUAGCAACGUCUCCAAGAUCUAUGUUCUCACGCAAUUCAAUUCUGCAUCCCUCAACCGCCACCUCUCCCGUGCUUAUGCAAGCAACAUGGGUGGCUACAAGAAUGAGGGUUUUGUUGAGGUUCUUGCAGCCCAGCAGAGUCCUGAGAAUCCUAACUGGUUCCAGGGUACCGCAGAUGCUGUGAGGCAGUAUUUAUGGCUUUUUGAAGAGCACAAUGUUUUGGAAUUCUUAGUUCUGGCUGGUGACCAUUUGUAUCGAAUGGAUUACGAAAAAUUUAUUCAAGCACAUAGGGAAACUGACGCUGAUAUCACUGUGGCUGCAUUGCCAAUGGAUGAAAAGCGUGCCACUGCAUUUGGUCUCAUGAAGAUUGAUGAAGAGGGGCGUAUAAUUCAAUUUGCCGAAAAGCCCAAAGGAGACCAGUUGAAAGCUAUGAAGGUUGAUACUACUAUUUUGGGUCUUGAUGACGAGAGAGCAAAGGAAAUGCCUUUUAUUGCUAGCAUGGGUAUAUAUGUUGUUAGCAAAAGUGUGAUGUUAGACCUGCUCCGUGAGAAGUUUCCUGGUGCAAAUGACUUUGGGAGUGAAGUGAUUCCUGGUGCAACUUCUUUGGGAUUGAGAGUGCAAGCUUACUUGUAUGAUGGCUACUGGGAAGACAUUGGUACAAUUGAGGCUUUCUAUAAUGCAAAUCUGGGAAUCACCAAAAAGCCUGUGCCUGACUUCAGUUUCUAUGAUCGAUCAUCUCCAAUCUACACCCAACCACGGUAUUUGCCUCCAUCCAAGAUGCUUGAUGCUGAUGUCACUGAUAGUGUUAUCGGUGAAGGAUGUGUGAUUAAGAACUGCAAAAUUCACCAUUCUGUGGUUGGGCUGCGAUCUUGCAUAUCAGAAGGUGCAAUUAUUGAAGAGACGUUGUUAAUGGGGGCAGAUUAUUACGAGACGGAUGCUGAUAAGAGGUUUCUAGCUGCUAAAGGCAGUGUUCCAAUUGGUAUCGGUAGGAACUCUCAUAUCAGAAGGGCAAUUAUAGACAAGAAUGCUCGAAUUGGGGAAAAUGUGAAGAUUCUUAACAGUGACAAUGUCCAAGAAGCUUCAAGAGAAACAGAUGGGUAUUUCAUAAAAAGUGGGAUUGUGACAGUAAUAAAGGAUGCUCUGAUUCCCAGUGGAACUGUCAUCUAAACCUUUUGUUUCUCAUAAAUUCUAGUUGAAGGGUUUAUUUAAUUUUUUUUUUUAAACUAUGGCUUAGGUUUAUGAAGCUCUGCUUCCACGUCUGAGAUAGGCUUUCUGUUUAAUGAAAUGUUUUUGGCCAGUGGCUUGUAAAUAAUGCGGAAGAGAAGGCCCGCACUGAGCAAUCACGCUGUAAAGUUCAUUAAUCAGUUGAAUAAAAGUUUAUUUAUUUCCUACUA